AUGCGUAUUUGUGGUUUUCUUUAUUAGUUGAGAUCUUCAGAGAUAGUUUAUUAAUCAAUCCCUUUUUCUUUACUUUAUUUAAUACUUACGCUUUUCUCUUCUUUUGAUUUUUGUUUGUUUGUUUGUUAUCUUCUUUUUUCAAGAAAAACAAAAUAUUUAAUAUUUUUUUCAAUUUUAAAUUUUUUUUCAUCUGAACACAGCAACUUUAUCAAAAUUUAAAUGUGCAGUUAACAAACAAUUAAACAGACUAUAAUCAAAGAUAAAUAAAUAAAUUAAUAAAGAAACAAUAAAAACUUCCCAUUUCCUUAUCUAUUAUUAACUCUCUUUAUUCAUUUAAUUAUGUAUUAUCAUCUUUAUCUAUGUAUCAAUAUAUAUAUAAAUAUCUAUGUGUUUUUUUUCUAUUCAUAUUUCAAUUCAUUUUUCAAUAUCUUUCAAAUAAAAAUCACACUAUUCGUUUGA